CCUUUCCCUUUUCUUUUGCCUCAGCCAAUGACACCCUCAGUCAAUAUCAGUGGUUCUGAGGGAGUGACCUGAAGCAGAAGCUCGGCCUGCAUCGCACGGUCUGGUGGAUUCUCAGGGACAGGCAAAGGGAAGGGAACAUGUGUGAGGGAAUUUGGUUAUGCUGAUCUCCCAGCUGUUCAGUUCGGCCCUCUAGAAUCCAGGCAGUUGUGGCUGCCGCACUAGCAACACAAGGAUGGAAGGAAGAAAAGGAGAAGACCCAUUUCCCCCCUCUCCCUCCAAAAGGCAUCUAACAAUGUGAUACUUGGUUAAAUGAACACCGGCAAGUUUGGGGGUCUUUCUAAUGAGGCCUCUCACUGGUCUGUUGUGGAUCGUAACCCUCUUCAUCACUGUGGGGAGAACUCUGCAAAGAGAAAUCUCAUUGCACGUUUCACAACCCAGUCUAAACGCCACGGUGGCACAGAAUAUUUUGCUGUCGGUUGCAUACACCUGCAAGGGGACCCCCAUCAUUGAGUGGAAGCACACGGCCUCUUGGGGCACAACCAACAUCGCUAAGUGGAGACCGGGGACUUACACCAACAUCUCCAGCAGUUACCGAGACAGAGUGAAGGUUUACAGCAAUGGUUCUCUGCAGAUUCUAAAUGUGGCUAUGAGAGAUUCCGGCUAUUACUUAGUCACUGUAAUGGAAGAGUUUGGAGCUACCAUCUAUGGCACCAUCCUACUGAAUGUUUCUGAGAUCCUUUACGAAGACUUGCAUUUUGUGGCUGUCUUCUUUGCAUUUCUCACUGCAGUGUCUGCCGUUCUUGUCUGCCUCAUGUGGUUGUGCAAUAAAUCCGUGCUUCUGCUUCAGAAGGAGAGGCACCGGCUGAAAGCAAGUGCAACUGAAGAGACUGAACUGCAAAUGAUGGGAUGUUAGCAAUGAACUGUUUAAAUGUACAAGUUAAUUUUCUACCUCAGAAGAAAAAUGAUGGUAAAAGAAGGGAGAGGAAUCCAGAAUAUAAAAUUGGAACAUUUUGUAUGCCUUUGUGUAGGGUGAAGUCAGAGUACCUUAGCCACACUGGGUUUGAAAGUUGUUGCUGUUCCAAAGCUAUUGUUUAUAAGGAAUGCAUUCAAACAGAUUAUUUGUGCUAUUUUCAGAGGGGGUUAAUGCCCAAGAAGGAAUGCAGCCUGUGUGUUCUUAAGACAUAUUUUUGACACUAUCGAUCUGAUGUGACUUAGCAUGUACACUGUGAUGGGUGCACACUAGGGGCGUGCACGGUUUCCCGCUUCGCGUUUCCCCAAAGUGGGAAAACAAUCCAGAAUAACCCGAAUCCUGAAGCGGCAAGCUGCUUUGUUAUUUGGGUAUUUAAACUGCUUUGGUAUGCUCCAAAAGAUUCAGACCAUACUGAAGUGAAAAACCUUGGGGAAGCUGGGCCCGAUUUGGAAAUCCCAAAUCUUUACAAAUUGGGUCUGAUUCAGGUAUUUAUCCCAACUCAGAAACCUGAAUUGCACACCCCUAGUGCACACAUUUAGCUUUCUUGAAUGCAUAUGGGCAGCAGAAAAAGGUCACAGCAUUGUAAAUGUUGCAAUUGCUUACUGACAUUUUAAAAAUAAAUUUAUG